AUGGCGAAUUUCUUGCCAAAAAAUGGUACUAGACGAUAUCAAGCUUUAUAUACAGCAAAUAAUAUGAUUAAUGAUUUGGUUUCUUCAAAGUUUUCUCUGCAUGCACAAAAGCAGAGCCACUUACGUGCUGAAGAAUUUUUUCGUGAACCUAACGCAAAUAGUCAAAUGACAUUAUAUGCAAUGGGCAAUUGUCAUAUCGAUACGGCUUGGUUAUGGCGAUAUCAGGAAACACGCAGAAAAUGUGCUAGAAGUUGGUCUGCUGCUAUCCAGUUAGUGAAAAAAUUUAAGAAUAUGACAUUUGUCUUUUCACAAGCUCAGCAACUAGUAUGGGUGAAAGAGCAUUACCCGACUCUUUAUAAACAAAUGCAAAUCUAUGCAGAAGAAGGACGAUUUGUUGGAGUUGGUGGAGCAUGGGUUGAAAUGGAUGGAAAUUUGCCUAGUGGUGAGAGUAUGAUUAGGCAAUUACUUUAUGGACAACAAGAAUUCAAGAAAUUUUGUGGCUAUUACUCACAUAUAUUUUGGUUACCUGAUACAUUUGGAUACUCUGCUCAGCUACCGCAGAUAAUGCAGCACUGUGGGAUGCAAUAUUUUGUCACACAGAAAAUGAGCUGGUCUAUAGUUAACAAGUUUCCACACCAUUCAUUUCACUGGUUUGGUCUCGACGGUAGCUCUGUAAUUGCACAUUUUCCUCCUCAUCAUUACGUAUCCCAGAUAACAGUGAAAGAGUGUUUGGAAUCGCGGGAUAAUUUUACAGAUCGGGGACGUUCGAACAUAGCAAUGAUGCUGUAUGGAUUUGGUGAUGGUGGAGGUGGUCCUGAUGAAAAUAUGCUAAAAAGAGCGAAAUGUCUAGUGAAUUGUGAUGGAGUGCCUCGGGUGCAUCAUGCGACUCCUAAUGAAUUUUUCAGAGAGCUGGCGAAAGAUUUCGACAAUUUAUGUAGCUGGAAAGGCGAAUUAUUUUUGGAGUUGCAUAACGCAACUUAUACAACACAAGCUUUCAUUAAAAAAAUGAAUAGACUCUUAGAAAGCAUCCUCAGAGAUCAUGAAUUGCUUCAGUCUAUGUCACUUCUUGAACGCAAUGAAGGCAACACUAUUACAUCGCUGUGGCAACGUUUCCUUCUCAAUCAGUUUCAUGAUGUUUUGCCUGGUACUUGUCUAAAAGAAGUGGUAACUGAUGCAAUUAAGAUUUACAAGAGUCUGUUGGAUGAGCUCACAGUUGGUAAUGAAAGAGAGCUGAAGUGGAAAGAGGGAGACUGCAGUGAAUGGGUGCUUAACAGUUGCAGUUGGACAAGAACUUUUUUUCACGACGAUCGUUUUUUACAAAUAGAACCGUUAUCUAUUAAUCGUUUAAGCGAACUUCAUAACCUCUACCUUAUGAAUGAGAAAUCAUUGUGUUUAGAAGUUGGAAGUGGUUUCUUUCUGGAAAAUCACUAUAUUUCUGCAUACAUUGAUAAAGCUGGUCGCGUUGGGAAUAUGGUGGUACGCCCUACAAACAGAUUAAAAACGAAUCACAAUAAUUUUGUAGUAGUCCCCGAAGGCAGUGUUGCAAAUCAAUUUGUCAUUUUUGAUGAUGUCCCUCUUUUUUGGGAUGCAUGGGAUGUAAUGGACUAUCAUUUGGAAACGAAACAAUUAAUUCAUCUAAAUUCUGAAGCAUGUCUUAUCAAGAAUACGCAAGCAGAAGCUCGCAUUCGUGUAGAAUUUCAAAUAAGUGAAAAGAGUUCCAUAGUCCAAUAUAUUUCUUUAUUCUCUCAUUUGCCUUACUUAGUUUUCAAUGUUACAGUACAAUGGCACGAGUCGCAUAAAUUUCUUAAGGUUGAGUUUCCAGUGAAUGUUCAGAACAUGGAUGCUUAUUACGAUAUUCAGUAUGGUCAUGUAAAAAGACCUACUCAUCAGAACACUUCUUGGGAUGCAGCAAAGUAUGAGGUUGUUGGACAUAAAUGGAUGGUGUUAAGUGAGUUCGAUCAUGGUGCUGCACUAUUGAAUGAUUGCAAAUAUGGUCAUUCUUGUAUCGGAAAUACGAUGACUUUGUCUCUACUUCGAGCAAGUAAAAUACCGGAUGAUACUGCUGAUAUGGGAGAGCAUAAUUUUUCUUAUGCUUUCUAUCCGUUUAUUGGCUCAAUGCAGCGACCUUGGAAUGAUUUGAAUUUAAGCGUCAUGCGUGCAGCCUAUGAAUUUAACAAUCCUAUCCGUUUUGUAGAUAGAUGGUCUUCAGGAUCUAUUUCAUCCUUUUUAAUUAUUGACGGGAAUGAAGGAGUCAUUAUUGACUGUGUAAAGCCGGCUGAAAAUAAUAAAAACGCACUGGUUGUUCGUUUAUUUGAAUCAUUUGGUGGCAAAGCUGAUAUAAAACUUAAAAUUAAUCAUCCUCACAUUAUUUCUAUCGAUUUGGCUGAUGGUUUGGAGAGAUCAAUAAAACCAUUGUCUCGUAAAUCUGAAAAUUAUUCAACUCAAAAUAAUGAUGAAGGAUUUAUAAUUCUAGAAUUUCGUGCUUUUGAAGUGAAGACCUUGUUAUUAAGGUUAUCAAAAGGAAGAAAGUAUAAAGAAUCUUCUAGUUAA